AUAUCAAAAAGCAGAAAUGGCAGACCGAGACCAAAUCUUGCUAGAUUUCCAGGGUAUAACAGGAAUAGAAAACUAUGAGGAAUGUAUUGCAGUGUUAGAGCAAAAUGACUGGGAUCUCAUGGCUGGGGUAAACAGUGUGAUGUCGCACUUGGGUUCCCAAAGUUUACCAUCAGAUGACAACAUAAAUCCAUCAACUGUCCCUCUCUCUCCUGAUCUCCAUAUUGGAGGUGUGAGUUUACAGCCUGAGCCCUUCCAGAUACCUAGUCCAGCCUCUGGCAGUGAAUUAGGUGCCAUGUAUGGUGUGAACCUUCCACAAAGUGGUCUUUUCCAUGGACUAUAUAGCGACAGUGGAGCCUCAAGGAUGCUCACAUUUACUGUGGAACACAGAGAUAAGAAUAUUCCAGUUGUACUUCCAGAUUCUGAAACUGUGGGUUCAAUCAAGGUUAUUCUUGAGUCAGAGACGGGUGUGCCAGCAGCCAAUCAGGAGCUUAGAGGUUGGGUUAACAAGAAUGAUGCACCUCCACAAGAUACUACGCUAUUACGAGACUUGCAUCUUCCAAAAGAAAACAUUUUGUUUCUGCUUUCUCCUGGAAUACCACUUUCCACAUCAUGUGGCGCAAGUUCCUCACAUUCAGAUGAAACAGAUAUUAUUGACAGACUCACCAAAAACUUUACAUUAAAAAUAACUUUCAAAGAUAAGAAUGAGACCUAUAGUCUACAAUUUCCUGGUACUAAAACCAUAAGGGAGGUGAAAUGUGAUGUUUACUCAUUGAUAGAUGUACCAGUAAGGAACCAGGUGUGGACAGGUUGGCCUGAGACUGAUGAUGAGAUGACAUUAGCUGGUUCUAGAAUUACUUAUCCCUCACAUUGUUUAGAGGUCAGCAAUAGAGACAACGCCAGGCCUCAAUAUUCAGCAGCUGAAGUAUUAAACUCUAUAGAAAUGGUCAGCGAUGACAGUGACACUCAAGACCAAGAAGAUAUGUGUAUGCCCAGUGAUGAGGAAAUAUUUAACAAUGAUAAUGGACAUUCUAGUAGUAGUAGAUCUGUGAGGGACCCUCUCAUUCCUCCUGGUUGUCUGGAUGAGGUGACAGCCCUCGAGAGCUUCAAUAGUGUCUUUGCGUCACGAUAUGGGGACCCCCACCCUCUCUUUUACAUGGGUGAUCUGGAUAGUGCCAUAAAAGAUGCCUUAAUGUGCAGUGCAAGAAAUAGAAAGCUGCUUGCUGUGUAUUUGCACCAUGACAGUAGUAUAUUGGCCAAUGUCUUCUGUUCACAAGUCUUAUGUGCUGAAUCAAUAGUGGAUUAUUUAAGUACAAACUUUAUAUGCUGGGCAUGGGAUCUCACUGAUGAUACGAAUAGAGCACAUUUGUUAGGAAUGGUCACGAAACACUUUGGUACAAUAGCUGCAUCCACUGUAAGGGAUUUCAAGAUUGAUCAACUCCCUGUUCUGCUUAUUAUUACUAGGACUAAUUCUAGGUAUGAGGUUUUCACAGCUGUUAGGGGAAGUUCCAUGUUAGAUGAGGUCAUGACUAGUCUUAUGAAUGCAGUGGAGGUAUUUUCUACCCAGCAGGAAGGAGAGAUAGCAGAGGAGGCUGAACGUGAUGCACGUGAGCAGAUAAAGAGAGACCAGGAUGAAGCUUAUCAGAUGUCAUUGGCUGCUGACAGGUCUAAGGCUGAGUCUAAGAGGGAAGAAGAGGAGAUUGAAAAACAGAAGGAGCUUGAAGAUAGGAUACAGAGAGAUGCGGAGGAUAGGAGGGCUAGAGAAGAGGAAAUGGAGAAACAGGCCAUCCAAAAGUCUUUAGCAGAUAUGUUACCAGAUGAACCACCCACAGAUUGUAAAGAACCAGUCAGCAUGUUGAGACUGAGAUGCCCCAAAGGGGAGACUAUUGUUCGUAGAUUCCUUGCCUCAACUGCACUACAUGUGCUUCUGAAGUUUAUUGUGACUAAAGGUUUUCACCUAGAAGAUUACAAGGUGCUCACAACAUAUCCCAGGAGAGAUUUAACCACCCUGGAUGAGAAUAUGUCAUUACAUGAUCACAAACUGUUUCCACAAGAGACUUUAAUUCUGGAGGAGAGAUAACCAAGCAUGCAAUAUUUAUUCAAUAAUUUCACUUUGAGUUCUACCUACACUUUGAAACAGAUUCUCAUUUAUUCAAACUUGUGAAUUUGAGCCAAUUUUUAUGGUAUGGUUGAGUUGUAGUGACAUUGUUUAGUUCCCAAUAUUGUGCAGCUAUAUAGAAUCAUGAAGCAUAUACAUGGCAAUAUCUAUCGUCAGAAAUCAUUAUUAUGUCCUGUUAUAUCUUUAAUUUUUCACUCCUCUUAUUAAAAACUAAGUUUAAUUUCAUUUUCAUGUAUAUUUUACAGCAAAAGGGGUUG